CGGACUGUAUCAUUAUAUUGUCAAAUGAAAGACGCCUCCUCCAGUCGCUACUUGACGUCAGGGUAGAUCCCGCAACUAUUGCAUCGAAAGAGAAUUGCAGACAGAUAAAGAGGCAGAAGAGGAGCAUCCGUCCAUAGGAGCAGACGAUCAGUUCCUGAGUGAAAAUCAACUAUACAAUGCCUUUAGGAGAGGAUGAAAAUGGAUGGAAAAAGAAGACAACUGAUAUCAAGGAAAAUUACGAUUUCAAGGAGGUCUUGGGGACAGGUGCAUUCUCUGAGGUGUUCCUGGCUGAGGAGAAGAAGACCCAGCGACUCGUGGCCAUUAAAUGCAUCCCUAAGAAAGCACUGGAGGGAAAGGAGAACAGCAUUGAGAAUGAGAUUGCUGUGCUACACAGAAUAAAACAUGAGAAUAUUGUUUCACUGGAAGACAUCUUCGAAAGUCAGUCGCAUUUGUAUUUGGUCAUGCAGCUCGUAUCGGGGGGAGAGCUCUUUGACAGGAUUGUGGAAAAAGGCUUCUACACAGAAAGAGACGCCAGCAAACUCAUUCGACAGAUUUUAGAUGCGGUGAAGUAUCUGCAUGAUAUGGGCAUUGUGCACAGAGACUUGAAGCCAGAGAAUCUGUUGUACUACAGCAUGGAGGAGGACUCCAAUAUCAUGAUCAGUGACUUUGGCCUGUCUAAGAUCGAGGACUCAGGAAGUGUGAUGUCAACUGCCUGUGGGACACCUGGAUACGUAGCUCCAGAGGUCCUGGCACAAAAACCAUACAGUAAAGCUGUAGACUGUUGGUCCAUAGGAGUGAUAUCUUAUAUUCUCUUAUGUGGGUACCCUCCAUUUUAUGAUGAAAACGACGCCAAGCUAUUUGAGCAGAUUCUCAAAGCAGAGUACGAGUUCGACUCUCCGUACUGGGACGACAUCUCUGACUCAGCCAAGGAUUUCAUCAGUCACUUAAUGGAGAAAGAUCCGUCUCUGAGAUACACAUGCGAACAGGCUUUACAGCACCCGUGGAUUUCUGGAGACACGGCUCUCGACAGGAACAUUCACGAAUCUGUCAGCGCUCAGAUCAAGAAGAACUUUGCCAAAAGUAAAUGGAAGCAAGCAUUCAAUGCGACAGCAGUGGUCAGACACAUGCGGAGACUGCAGCUGAGCACCAGCCUAGAGGGACCGAGCCAAAUCACCAGCUCCAGCCCCUACCACAGACACCUGCUCCUGCCUGCCAAAGAGCUCGAGCAGGAGGACGACGACGACGACGACGAAGACGACAACAGUUCUCCGAGUGCGGAGGGACGUCGAGGCAGUGCCGAUCGGGACAGUCUCAGAAGCUGCGCUUACUGCUGCCGACCAACCAGCAGGAUCUGAAGCAGAACUCUGAGCCCAGCAGAACCCAGAGGAACCCAGUGGAAGCACACAUGCACGCCCACCGCACCAGUCUGACCCGGAACACAGAGCUCUCCUGCUUUCAUGCACUAGAUGGAGCUAGUGCUGCUGGUGAGACGCGAGAGGAGAGCGUCAUUGUUCCAGACAUUCAGACUUGGCUAAAUCACAGACAGAUAUGUAACUCCUCUACCGUUUUAAUUUGAUGAAUAUUUCUGUACCCCAACCAAAGACAAAAAUACGUUUAAGUUUAUGGAAGGUUUAUUUAUUUAUUUGUCAUUAUUUUUAAAAGGAAACAUUCAGGUCUGUACCCCGUAGCAAUUUGGACUUUCUUAGAAAGCCACUAGUUAUGUCUUAAUAAAUAUUAAUGUCUUAAUAAGCCCCACUUGCUCAGGCGAUAAGUUCACGAGGAGAAAAAAAAACAAGAUAAUCAUGUCAUUUUUGAGCCUUAAUCCAUUGUGGUUUUGUUUUGUAAGGUCUGUUGGGUAGAGUUGUCCGUGUCGUUGAUUUUGUGAUCUGGUUCAGACUGGUACGGAGCGGGAGUUGUUACAGAGAUCACAUGAUCUUGUUAUGGGUGUAAACUUUCAUGUGAAGGGUGUGGUUAAGAGAUUUGGGUUUUUUUUUACGCUCAGAUUAAACGCAAUACUUAGAUAAUCUCCACAUCCAAUAAAGAUAAUUAAUUUUAGAUUUAUGGGGCAAACGUAGUCUGUAUCUCAGUUCCAAAACCUACAUUAAAAAGAGUUUAUUUAGAUCCUAAUAUAAGAUGUAUGUAUUUGAAUAAUGUAAAAUAUCCAUCCAUAUAAAAAACCUAUAACUUAAUGUAAUGCAUAUAUCAUUUAUAAAUGAAAGUAGUAAGAUUUCAGUAACAUUACUAAUAAAAUGUAACAUGGCUUGUACACUUAUCAUUAAUAAAUCUGAUUUGUUUUCGAUCGGAUGCAUAUACUAAUUAAAUAUUGCUUGUUCUGAAGCUAGCCAUAUUUUAACCAUGUUAUUUUAAUAUAUAUAUAUAU